AUGACACACAAGCACGCUUUCAAAGCGCUAGAAAAAACGUUGAAGGACAUAAUGUCUAUGAAAAAUCCACUUGCAAAGGAUCAAACUUUCAGCGGCAAGACGGUUUUGCUAGGCGGUGAUUUCAGACAAAUCUCACCAGUAAUUCUACAAGGUAGUAGAGCUGAUAUUGUCUUAGCUUCGAUUAGUCACUCAUAUCUAUGGGAUAGCUUCCACAAGUUCUCUUUAAAAACAAAUAUGCGAGUCAAUCAGGACGAGAAAGAAUUCUCUGAGUGGCUUCUCAAGGUUGGGGAAGGUCAUCCAGAAUCGGUCGAAGAAGAUGGAGAUGAUGCCUACCGUGAACAAAUGAUAAUUAUCCACAACUCUUUGGUCCAAGAGUUUAAGGAUGACUCUUUAAAACAAGUGCUCGAUGCUGCACAUGGAGAUGUCAAAAAAUUAAAAGCCUCCCAAAGUUCCUACACUGAUAAAACCAUACUUACACCCCGAAAUGAUACAGUCGAUGAAAUCAAUGCAUACACGAUCUCGAAAAAUGACGGGGAGUCAAGAGACUACUACAGUUACGAUAGCUUUGAGAUCUCGGACACUCAAUCUGAUCAAAAUGAUUCAUUAUAUGCAAUUGAGUAUCUCAAUUCCAUGGAAUUUCCAGGAUUGCCUGCUCAUAAGCUCACUCUCAAAGUUGGGCCCCCAGUUAUGCUUCUGUGA